CAGCCAGCCUCGUCGCGCACUGAUGACGUCGCUGCACCGUGUUGUGUGGCUUUAGCGCUAGCAAGCUAAAGUUUACGUUUGAUUCCUGAAUAAUGUAUAUAAAAAAACGUAUGUUCUUUGUUAAGAAGUGCUGCAUUUAAAUAUCGCUUUCUUCAUUUAUGAUACGAAGCGUUUCGAGAAAGGGAGAACGAUGACAGAUCUGUCAGGAUCUCUCAGCAGAGAAGGAUGGCACCUCACUGAUGCUGGGAUAGCACAACUCAAAGGCACGAUUGAGAAGGCUUCCCACAAUGACAUCAUCCGUAUAGCGCUUGAUAGUGAUCUGAGACCAAUCGGCCGGAAGGUGCUUCCUUCAGAGAUCAACAGUGGAAAAGUUGACAAGGUAGAGGGACCAUGUGUGCUGCAGGUGCAGAAGGUGAGGAACAUCGCGGCCCCUAAAGAGCAGGAGCAUUCCCAGGCGGCGCCCCGCAUGCUGCGCGUGCACAUGACAGACGGACACACCAGCUGCCCAGCGCUCGAAUACAAACAGCUGUCCAAGAUCAGUUUGAACACCCCUCCUGGAACGAAGGUGAAGCUACUUGGUACGGUCCAGGUUAGAAAUGGCUUCCUGCUCCUGGAGGAUUCCAAGAUUUGCGUCCUGGGAGGGGAGGUUCAGUUCAUGGUGGAGAAAUGGGAACUGCAGAGGAGUUUGGCCAAACACAGCCGGAGUAACAUCGGAGCAGAAGGAGGACCUCCGCCCUUCGUACCGUUUGGACAGAAGUGUGUGAGACAGGAGGUGGUGGACAGUAAGGCCCUGGACCGGAGGAAGACCCUUCAGAGCCCCACCCCCCUCAAGCCCGAGGAGAACGAGCAGUUUGAGAAGCAGCGCACGGCCGCCAUUGCUGAGGUUGCCAAGACCAAGGAGGCUCCUCGCACAUUUGGCGGCGGGGGAAACGCUGGCGGGAACCUGAUUAGCAGUGGCUCCUCCUACCGCGGCCGAGACUCCCACGCGUACCGCCAACGAGAGGAUCGGAGCGAGUGGACGGAGAGGAGCGACAGCCGACAAGAUGGGAACUACAGGGAGCCAGGGAGGGAGAGCAGACAGGAUGGGAACUACAGGGAGCCGGGGAGGGACGUCCGACAAGAUGGGAACUACAGGGAGCUGGUGGAUGAGCGGGCCCUGAAGGACAUCAUGGAGAUGGGCUUUGAUAAAGAGGACGCUCGGGUGGCUCUGAUGGACCACAACAACAACUUGGAGGCUGCCCUGAAUAGCCUGCUGACUGCAGCCACUAGCCCUGCCCCUAGCCCCACCCCUAGCCAGGCCCCAAGUAGACACGGCUCGUCCUACGACAUGCACGGGUCCGACUCCGGCAGGCCCCCACCCAGGGGCAGGGGCAGGGGCAGGGGCAGGGGGAGAGGGCGGUCGAGGGGUGAGGAUGAAGAAGAUGGAGAGGGAGCAGGUGGAAGGCCGUCUGGACCCAGCACGCUGUUCGACUUCUUGGAGUCAAAGAUAGGAUCGUUCUCCAUCAAUGAUUCUAAGCCCCAGGAGCCAGCAGGGAGGCCCCAGGACGGGAGAUCUUCCUUCUCCUCCUCCUCGGACCUCCACUCCUCUUCCAGAGCCUCUUUCUCCCAGCGGACCCCCAGACCCCCACGCUUCAACAGGGACACAGACUUCCCCCGGCCUGGCCAAGACCCUCACGCCACCUCCACGGCCCACCAGGGCUCCACCCACUGGCCUGGCCCCGACAGAGGCCCUCGUGGUGGGACCGACCGCUUGCCCAGCGGCCGCAGGGACUUCCAGAACGACCACAACACCAGCACCUCUUCCUUUUCAUCAUCCACGUCUGUGCUCGGCCAGCCCAAGGUUCCACCCCCCCCACCAACCUCACGCUCACAGAGCUUCCACCAGCCGGCCCCACGCUCAGAGAGCUUCCACCAGCCGGCCCCACGCUCAGAGAGCUUCCACCAGCCGGCCCCACGCUCAGAGAGCUUCCACCAGCCGGCCCCACGCUCAGAGAGCUUCCACCAGCCAGCCCCACGCUCAGAGAGCUUCCACCAACGCAAUGCUCGCAAUGGAGAAGUUGGCGCUGGGGAAUCGAACCACCGAAGAGGCCCCAGAGAGAACUCUGCGAUGCCCAAGCUCGGUGAGCCACCAGCGCCUGAGGGCAGGGGGGCGGGAGUGACGAGACGCAGCGACUACAGAGCCGAAGAUCCCGGUAGGAGGCGAGCGGGGAGGGGGGACCGGCCGAUCUCGUGGACGGAGACGCCCGCCGCGGUGACCGACCAGGACGUCGGGGGCGUGUCCCGGGACACGCGGCCCAAUAGGGGUGCGGAUCCUGCCCUCAAUGGGGACUGGGAGCAGAGGAGAACCGGGCCCAUCAAACCUGACGUCACGGCGACGCCCUUCCGUAGAGAAGACCCUCCCCCCCAGGCCAGGAGGAUCCCCCCACACACGGGACCCAUCAAACCCGACAUCGUCGCAGCACUCCCCAGAGAUGCCCCUCCUCCCAAGAGAGCGGCCUCCCAGAGAGGGCCCAGCCAGGGAAGGCCAGGCCAAAAGCCAGUCCAGGACAAAAUCCAAGGUCCUAAGGGGUCGGAGAAAGGUCACAUGGGGGAGUCAUCGUGGAAACCAGGAGACCAGUGUAUGGCACCCUACUGGGAAGAUGGCAAGUUCUACCGAGCGAGGAUCGAUGCGGUGCACGCCUCCGGCUGCACAGCGGUGGUGGUCUUCAGCGACUUCGGCAACUGUGAAGAGGUCCUACUGCACAGCAUCAAAUCUGCAGCCCCGGGCCCCUGGGAGGAAGACGACGGUUGCUAUGACGACUCGAUGGAGUUUCGUGACGGCGGCGACGGACAGAUGCGGACGGCUCGACCCACGCAGCAAUAUUACCAGCCCCCUCGGGCGCGGGACUAGCCACGCCCCCCAGCUAGUCAGCCACGCCCCCACCCCGAAAGCGCCAGUAGGUUACAUAAGGGCUGAGCUCAACACCUUGUUAAAACAAGACACGAUCACAGAACUGUUUGCACGUUGGCAACCCGGGUGGGGAAAAUAUGUAGCAUUAUUAAAAUGAUAACUCGUUUUUGUGAUGUGUUAGUAAAGUGCACGCAUAAACCAAAAAACUCACUUGAACUUGACAUAACUGAAGCCAAGACAAACUCUAGCGAGUGGAAGUGGAAUCAAAAUUUUGCCACAUAUUUAUUUAUUCUCACCUUCAAGUUGCACUUGGAGGUUAGCUUAAUGUGUGCUACCAUUGUACCAAACGUUUCCUAUCCAUAUGGUAGAGAAGAUACAGCAGGUAGGAGCUUCUAAAGUCCCCACUUGUGAUCACCUGAAAUGCAGACAGGGUAGCAGGUGAUUUCUGACUAUUAAGCUCCAUAUAUUUGAUGUAAAAUAGUUUGAAAGGUCUUAAGGUUCUUUAUGUACAAGCAGAUGUGCCUAAUGAUUGGUAGGCACAGGAUAACCACUACUAAUCCCUUAGUGCAGUACGAUGCGCUGACAUCCACCGGGACACAGAUAUAAAAAUCUGCUUCAGAACUAGAAAUUGCGGUCUAAAACAGGUCGGGAGCCACUGUUUUAGUGAUUGGUCAACCAAUAAUAAUCCCAGCCCCCACCCACACAGCUGAGGCUCUUGGGAUGCAUUGGGGCACAGACUUGUGUAACUUCACAGAAGUUGACAUUACAGGAGACGGUUUACAUGGAGUAAGGAAUUUUUUAAAGAAGCAUUUUAUUGUGUGCUUAGUAAUCACCUGUUGUUUUUUUCUAUCAAUCUAUAUCCACACUUGUUUCAGUGAGAAAGAAACACUCUUUCCUCGAUGUUCCCGAGUUCUUCCUGACUAACGAAGGCUCCGCAUCUUCCCAAAGAUGGAGAAGACUUUUUCAAAGGGCUUUGGACAAGAGCUAAACUAAUAACCUGACGUCAAUUUCCAAGGACUUUGUUACGGACUCUUAUCUCUUGUAAAUUGUAUGAGGGUUUAUAGACCGCCUGCAUCAUCAUGUUAAUAAACUACAGUUGCAAAUAUC